AUGGCAGAAGCUUCUGUUCCUCAAGAUCUUUCGUCUUAUGAGUACGAACCUUCCUGUCCUUUGCCCAGUGGAAGAGAAGCCAGGGACCACGUUAUAAGCAAAGGACCUUGCCAGCCAAGAGAUAUAAAUUUUCCUUUGGAUAACCGGAAUCGUAAGUUUCUAGUAUCGUGGUAUGAGAAAUUUCCUUGGUUAGAGUAUUCUGUCUCGUUGGAUAAAGCUUUUUGUUUCGUCUGCAGAGUGUUCAACGCACAGGUGAGUUAAUUGUGUGAUUUGCGCUUUAAUUAUUUUCCUAAGUUAGUCCUAACCUUGUUAAGUUGUUUACACUUAAUGCGUACCGUUUAAUUUGCAAUUAUACAUGGACCAUGGCCCUGGUAGUGUUUAAUUAUAUAUCAAAAUGCGAUGUGUAAUACUCAAUACUGUUGUUUUAAAUAAUUACUAAUUAUCGCAAAAGUAUGAAAAGUUCCACAAACAAACUAUAAUUCAUCCUCUCUGUAUCGUCAAAUAGUUGAUAUGUAUUAUAAAAAUACAAGAAACGCUUCUUAUAUUAUGACAACGUAAAACAAUGACAUUUGUCUUCUUUGCAUGCAGACGUCGUCAAGGAGUGAACCUACCUUCAUCAAAACUGGUUUUAGUAACUGGAAAAAGAGCGAAGUCUUCGCAAAGCACGAGAAGUCAGAUUGCCACAAGCAUUCACUUCAAGCUCAUCGUCACUGGAAAUCCCAGAAGCCAAUACAUCAUCAAAUAGACGAAGAAAAUGAGAGACAAGAGUCAUAUCGUCAACAAAAUGUACGUAUUGCCAUUUGCCAAAUAUAUAUAACUUUGACAGGCCAUCUGUGCACAACAUUACAGACGAAGUAAGCGUGUGAAAACGCCAGUUUUGCAUAAAAAUGUCGGUGAUAUGGUGGUAAUCCUGGUAAUACGUUUAUUCCUAAGAAACAAUUGAGUGACGCGUAUAAAGUUAACACAGUUAGGAUUUUUUAAAAAUUGUAUCCUUUUAUUUUCAGGUAAAAAAGAACCGAACUGUAAUUGGUAAGAUCAUUGAUGUUGUUCGACUUCUUGGAAAACUGAAUUUACCAUUUAGGGGACACCGCGAGGAUAAGAAUUCUUUAAACAAAGGGGUGUUUAAAGAAUUUCUUGAACAUAUAGCAAAGUCUGAUUCUCUUAUUGAAGAUCAUUUACGAAAUUCUGCAGGUAACUAUAUCAUUCACUGGUUCAGUAACGUUAAGGUUACUACGAAUUUUCGGUGGAAUAUAGGGAUAUAUGAAACUGCAUGAUAAUAGAAUGGAAUAAGGAAUAAUAAAGAUAAACUGAAGUCGUAAUUAUGAUAAUUCUGUAAUUAUUUCUUUUUAUCGAUUUCAGAAAACGCUAAAUACACUAGCCCUGAGAUCCAAAAUCAGUUGAUCAAGGUGGUUGGUUCAGCUAUAUUAGACGAAAUCAUACGUCGUGUCAAAGGAGCCGAGAUGUAUGCAAUCAUUGCAGAUGAGACACCAGAUCUUAGUAAAACGGAACAGUUAGCUGUACUUGUUCGCUAUGUCUGGAAUGGAGUGAUAGAAGAACGUCUUUUAGCUGUAGAACCUAUGGAAGAAACCACAGCUGAAGCGCUUUUCCAUACCAUCCGAGAGAAAUUACAACAGUGUGGGAUAGAAUUUUCAAACAUGCGUGGACAAUGUUAUGAUGGUGCAAGUAACGUGUCUGGAAUCCAUACCGGACUGCAAGCACGCAUCAAAGAGAUUUCCCCGUCAGCAAUUUACACACAUUGCUAUGCUCAUGUUUUAAAUCUGGUCAUCGUGGACACAAUGAGUAACAAUAGUAUAGCAAGAGAUUUCUUUGGAACGUUGCAAAAUCUAUACGUGUUCAUCGAAACUUGCACAAAACGACAUGCUGUGUACUUGAAACACCAGAGAAAGUUGAAUGCGUCAGAUGAUGAAGGAAAAAAGAAGCGUGAGUACGUUCUGAAGAAAUUGUCUGAUACAAGAUGGGCAUGUCGGGCGGACAGCAUCACCGCAAUUCACCACACACUCGAAGCUGUCAUCGCGACUCUAAAAGAGAUCAGAGAAAAUGAAAAGAAGGCUCACAUUGCAGCAGAAGCAAAGGGGUUGUUUCAGAACGUCUGUGAUUUUGAAUUUGUUUUGGCUUUGGAGGUACUGUUUUGAUGACAAACGUACCGUGAUUUAUAUUUCAUUCAUUUUUAUUUUUAAUGAAAAUUUAAUGAUGUGAGUUGAUCAUUUUUAUUAAGGUGCUGAAGAAAGUCCUGCUACUCAGUAAGGGAGUGUCAGAUAAGCUGCAGUCAGAGGACUUGGAUGUCGUCACCGGCUGCGAUAAAGUUGCUGAUCUGCUAAGCACAGUACAGGCUCUACGAUGUGAGCCCAAAUUUGAGGAAUUUUGGGAAACUACUGUUACAAAAUGUCGCAGCUUGAAUAUCGAAGAACCAAGACAAGAGCGUACCCACAAACUUCCUAGGAGGAUCGACGAUAAUCCUGACACAGCAGUCCAUCUUACGUCGAAAGACAAGUUUAGAAUUUCCUUUUACUAUAAUGUAGCUUAUAUGAAUAAUGAUUUGUUCUGGAAACAUGCAUUCCAAUCGCUUAUAAAAAUAUUUACAGCUAUGUAUUUUUCGAAAUCUAGGUACUUGAUCUUAUGGUUAGCUCCAUUGAAAGUCGAUUUGACAAGAAUAACGCACCAGUUUUGAUGGGUCUCGGAUACUUAAAUCCUUCUCGGAUAGGCAAUCCAGAAGCUUGGAAACAUAUUUCUGUCGCGGCCCAAUGGUUCCAAUGCGAUCUUGAUGUUGAUGAAGUAGAGAGCGAAAUAUUUUCCCUACAGACAUCGUCGCUGCUUGCUAACAUCCUCGAGAAGGCAAAAUUAGAGAAGAGAAAAGCCAGUUUCGACGACCUGUUCAAAGCAUUGCAAGCUGAACCCGAAUGCCAUGGAAAUUUAACAAAGCUGAUGAAAAUUGCUUUGACACUGCCCCUCACAUCAACAAGUGCCGAAAGGACAUUUUCGAAGCUAAAGUUGAUAAAGUCUCGACUUAGGACAACCAUGCAGCAGGAAAGACUGAAUAGUCUGAUGCUGAUGUCCAUCGAAGACGACUUGUUGGAGCAACUUGAUGUGGACAAUCUUGUCCAAUUGUUCGUAGACAUGGCCCCAAGAAGAAUGGGUUUAGUUUAGAUUUUUAAAUUAAACAUUUACUCUCAACUAUUGCUCUAUUCUUUCAAAUAUUUAAAUUUACACUUUAUCAGACUCUGAGUCCCCAUUUCUUUUAAAAAGCAUUGUAGAAACGAACAGUGUCUCACUGUCGAAUAAAAGAACUUCGCAUUAUUUGAACUCAAAAUGUCCAACUAAUGCUCGUUUAAGCCUUUUUACACACUUUUCUCUAGGGAUAAAGGGGUCAUAAAGUGA